GUUUGAGGUGAUUUCCUGCUAGGAAUAGCACGAGAUGGUCCAGGUAAUGCGGUAUUUCACGAUUGCACUGCCAGAGAGAUAAAAUAUGCCAAGAGAAGCUCGCUCUCUUUUCCCCGCAGCGGCGUCAUCCAAGCCUGAGCGCUUUUUUUCGCUCUCACUAAGCUUGCGCCGUUUCCCGCGAGAGGCGCUGUUCGCCAUUUUGCUAUUUUUGUUGACAUAAAUAUUGUGAAGGAAUUUUUGUGAUAUUGAUUGUUGCAUUUUCUCAUUGGAGUUUCUCUAUGAAUGAUAGUGCAAAAUGUAGUGGAGGGUUCGAUCAGGCAAUUAAAGGUGAAAUAUCAGCUGUACAAGUAGGAGAAUCAUGUGAAUUGGUUGAUAACGUGAAACAGAUUUUUCCUUCGUUUUUCACCAUUUUCUUAUCAUUUGAAACAGGAAGUGGGAGUCGCCCAACCAAAUGUCUAUCUGAGAUUCCUUCACCAAAGAGUAUAUCAGUGAGUCUUUGAAGAUGGAUUCACCGAGGAAUGUGGGAAAGGCAGCAGAGAACAUCUGCGGCGAGCAGCAAUUGAGGCAGUUCGGGAAGUUCCUGGAAACACACAAUCGGUUAUUGACGUCUCUUGAGAAUGAUCAAACAGCUCCGGAAGGAGAAAAGAUUUUCACGAAAUGCAACAUGCCAAUUUACUAUGGAUACAGUGGGGAGAAUGAGAAUAUAUCACUCUUUCAACUUGUUGAGUCGGACAACAAAGUGCUCAACAAGAAUAUAAUCGUCUUUGCGUUCCUCUGUAAUGAAAUUGAUUGCUUGAGAGUGGAAUCUGAGAGUUUGCAACUCAACCUUCUCUACUACGAUGAAGAUGUGGUGGAGAUGAAGGAAGACACGCCCGUGAAUUUGAUCAAUAAGAAGGUUUCGGGUGUGCUGGACUUCUUGUUCAAGAUAAGACAAUUCCUACAGCGCUGCAGUGACGUCCUGGAGCUCACCGUCCGAGAAUUUAGUGCCUUUUUCGAUGACAACAAAUGCCUUGGGAAUUCACAAAAUUCCACAUGCUUAUAUACAGUUUUUGAUAAAAUGUGUGAUUUAAUCAUAAGUAUCUACAUCUUCGAUGAGAUCUUUGCCGGAUUGCGCCUAAAGCAGUUCUGGGGGCCGUACAAGAAGCAAAUGACGACCGUUUGUGUGAAUGCCCAGCAAUUCAAGGAGUUCUCAGCGACUGACAUGAAUGGAUUGAUGCAGAUGAUUGGGGAAUUGGAUGAAUUGUUCCAGGGAAGGCUCGUGGAUAGUGCGCUGCAGCGCUGUGCCAAAGUGAAGGAGAGUGUUUUGCCAAAAGUAAUGGGAAGAUUUGCCACUCAGAUGCAAGCACACAUCAAGAGAGUCCUGAGCGACGUGGUGAAGUAUCCUCAAGAUCUCUCAGAGCUCAGCGAUUGCGGAUGUGUGAUCAGAGUGAGUGUGAUGUGCAUUUUCUAUCACACUUUCUUCGGUAAUCUCGAUCAGAAGUGCUUCAAACAGUUGUUGGAGAUUAGCAACAAGUUCUGUGGCAUCACUCUCAUCAGCAAUAUCGUGUGGUGUCCCGAAGUAUUCAUUAGAAGGCACGCAGCCACUCUCUUGAAGGGUCAGGAGAAAUUUGUCAGUGAUGCUGGUAAAGUUAGACAAAUUUUUCUCACUGGGAAGACAUCAAAUCUAUCAAAAGAAGUAAAUUCAUUCACAUUUCGCACUCUUUCCUGGGUGUUGCAAAUGAUGACGGAGUACAAAGUGGCGAAGAAUGAAGUGAAGAUUGAACAAAUACGCUCCAGAGCCAAUCUCUUUACGGCUGGUGUGAGAUUGGCUGGUCAAAUGAGCCAUUUGAUAAAGUGUGUGACAAAUCUGCAUGUGAUUGUACAGCUGCCAAUGCAGAAAUCCACGUUGAUGAGCAUUGGUAAACUUCUGGAAUUCCUCAUUGCCAUAAGAGAAGUGUUCCUGCAACUCCGCAGCUUCAUUGUUGAGAGUGUGAAUAGUAUAAUUCAACACUUUGAGUAUCAGGGUGUGUAUUUGGUGAAUGCAGCGAGAAAGACUCUCUCCCGUGACAACUAUAAUGAGAAGACAUUGGACUCCUUGGCGGCGUUCCAAAUCACUGAGCGGUGUCUCUAUGGGCCGGCCACGAGGACGCGAAUAACCAUCGCGAAAAUUGCUCUGAGUGUGUUUGAGGCCAAUGCGACGAGCCUCAAUAUCGAGUAUGUGCAGAAAUUGGCGAGAAUCCUGGCCAGAUUGACCAUCAUUGUAGAUCUCCAGGAGACUCUGGAUCGCGUGUGCGACACGUCGUUUCUCUUCUGGCAUCAGUCGCUGUUUCGAAGUUAUUUGAAGCAGUAUUUUGACUAUGGUGUGGAUCAUCAGAGAAUUUUGGCCACAUUUGACGGUGUGGACAAGUGUGCAGGAGCAGUGGACGAAGUGCAGACGAUAGAAUUCACAUGCCAGGAGCAAUUCACAGAGGCUGUAAUGAAAUCCUUCACAGGAGAAGUGAUCAAUCGACUGUGCGCCCAAAUUGAAACGGGAUUGAGAUUGGAUUUCCACUCGAAUCUUCAAGUGGACGCAGUAAAUCCCUUUGUAAGAGGUUCUCAACUCGUGAACUCCAAAGCACUACUCGCAGUGGAAGUGGUGAAAGUUGCUGAUCGCUAUGUGAGUCUGAAGCGUUCUGUUGAAGCUUAUCUCAGCAAUAUGUUCUACAAUUUAACUACCAUUUCGCUACAUGAUUGGCGAACAUAUGGAGAGAUGAGACGACUUGCGGGAUUGAAGAUGAACCUCGUAACAGUGGCUGAUCAUUUGCCAACGCAGAUUCUCGAGCAGGGAUGCGAUGUGUUAGACAUUAUGAGGAAUAUUCAUGUUUUUGUGGCGCAAUACGUGUACAAUCUCAAUAAUCAAGUGUUCAUUGAGCGCACGAGUGGAAAUAAGCACCUCAAUACCAUCAAUAUUCGUCACAUUGCCAACUCACUCAGGACUCACGGAAUUGGAGUGGUGAACACGACUGUGAAUUUCACGUAUCAGUUUCUGAAGAAAAAGAUUUACGUGUUGUCACAGUUCCUCUAUGAUGAGCGCAUCAAGAGUCGCCUGGUAAAGGAUCAGAAGUGGUUCAGAGAUAAUAGGGAGAGAUUGGGACAGAUGUAUGCGUACGAGAGAGCGGACGCCUUCAACAAGGGUAUCCGUAAGUUGGGCGUCACGGAAAGUGGUGAGAGCUAUCUGGACACAUUCCGACUGUUAGUGAGUCACAUUGGAAAUGCCAUGGGAUACGUGAGAAUGAUGCGAUCUGGAUGUAUUCAUACUUGUUCAAUGGCCAGCGCUUUCCUGCCAACUGGUGAGGAGCGAGAUAGUCUGACACUGAGUGAAUUGGCCACAAGCGAGGGUCUUUUAUCGGCUACAUGCACAUCAGCUGCUAAUCUCCAAGCAGAAAUUGAACAUUUGUGGCGCCAAUGGAGUGAAGGAACAGAGUAUUUUCGACUCCUCGUCGACACACUAGCGCCAUUCUUGCGAGGACCAAAGAAUGUGCAUUUAAAGACGUUCUAUUUAAUUGUUCCGCCACUCACGAUCAACUUCGUUGAACACAUGCUUAGCAUGAAGGAUCGCAUGGGAAAGAAGAACAGACAAGAUGCCUUGUUCACAGAUGAUGGAUUCGUCAUGGGACUGGCGUAUAUUCUGAAGCUUCUCGAUCAGAUUGACGACUUCAAUUCGCUGCACUGGUUCCGGGCUGUGAAGGUGAAAUACGCCAUGGAUAAGGAGAAGAUUGCCGAUCAGAGGAAAGAGAUUGGCUCAUCGGAUGAUGUGAAGCUGCAACAAACAUUGGCACUCACGGAGAGGCGAAUUCACACAUUCCAACAAGAGUUUGAUUUGCUCUACUACAACUUGAGCAGUGCCAAGAUUUUCUUCAGCAACUGAGUGAAAAAAGAAUUAUUUGAAUACCAAGGAAAAUACAGUGAUUAGCAGAAGCUUAGCGGUCUGCUGGACUUUAA